UCAGUAGUGCAAACCGAAAGUCAGUGUCCAAUAGUGCGUUUACUAAUACCGCGAAUACAAGAUGACGUGAUAGAAGUAGAAAAUUUUGUAAAAAUGUAUACUUUACUGAGUGGGUUUUACAAGUAUCUCGUCCAAAAAGAUGAGUUUUUCAUACUCAUUUUGGGACUUGACAAUGCUGGCAAAACUACUUAUUUAGAAGCAGCAAAAACGAAGUUCACUAAGAAUUACAAGGGUAUGAACCCCAGUAAAAUAACUACGACUGUAGGAUUAAAUAUUGGGAAAAUAGAUACUGCUGGAAUACGACUUAACUUUUGGGAUCUUGGUGGACAAGAAGAACUACAAUCUUUGUGGGAUAAGUACUAUGCUGAAUCCCAUGCUGUAAUUUACAUUGUUGAUUCAUCAGAUAGAGAUAGAAUACCUGUAUCUAAAGAAACAUUUGAUAAAGUUAUAUCAUCGGAGCAUCUUCAGGGAGUUCCACUUCUAGUAUUAGCUAACAAACAAGAUAUUGAUGACUGCAUGGGUGUACGAGAAGUAAAACCCAUAUUUAAUCAAAAUGCUCACUUAAUAGGAAGAAGAGAUUGCAUGGUGAUGCCUGUUUCUGCAUUGAAUGGAGAGGGUGUAGAUGAAGGUAUCCGGUGGUUAGUCGAUUGCAUUAAAAGAAACAGUGACAUACGGCCUCCACGAAAUCAGGACAAUAAUUGUAUAACGUAAAAAUCAUUUAACAUUCCAUCAAUUAUUGUUUAAUCAUGAAAUUUUUACAUAUAUAUAUUUGUAAUUUUAAUAAAUAUUGUUUUUGUUUUGUAAACAGACUGAAAGUCAUAAUUGUAUAAAGAAAUAUUUUAGAAUAAUACUUUUAAAUGAAAAUCAUAAA